AUGCAGGACCUCAGCGUCUACGACAGGCGGAUGCUCGCGACCGUUCUGACCACCUUGGCACCCUACUUUUCGAAUGACAGGCGACUCCGGCUGAUGAGGCGUCUCAGCGUCUCUGUCACCACCUCCCAGUCGGCGCUGUCCGGUGGGAAGCCGAGCCCGACCGCCGCGGACCUGCCUUCCCAGGCCGACGUGCAGAAGCUCCUCGAGGAGCUCGAGGCCGAGCAGACCGAGGAAGCCGAGGAGGCGACUGCCGGAAAGGCGGUGAAGACCGAAACUGCCGAGAGCGAUUUGGCGUCUGCAGAGUCUGCCACGUCCGUGAAUGACCGGCCUUUCCUUGUCCAGUGGCUGCGCAACGCCUAUUUGAAUCACGGCGUGGCCUGUGCCAAAGAGCCCCACAGGGUCGCGGGAUCCUCCACAGUGUUCCCGGUUGCAAACGCGUGGGCGAACGGCAUCGAGAACGCCAGCAACUUUGCGAUAACCAUCGAAGGCGGUGGCUCCAGCUCUGGCGCAUGGCGGGUCUGCAAGGAUCGUACGGAUCCUGACCACGUUGACAUCGGCGACAUGUCGCGCAACUGGAAAAGUAGCGAAGCCCUCCUCCUGGACGAUGACUAUACGUGGGAAUGCAGCAGCUCGAAGAUCCGCGUCACGCAGAUCCAAGUCGGCACCGACGGCUUGGCCGUGGUCGUCUCGAAGGGCGGCCGGGCGCACGACUGCCUGACGUCGGCGGAGGUGGGCGGCCUGACGUUGGCCAUGCUCCACUGGAUGUUCACGGACUGGAGCAACGAGCAGCUGGAGAGCUACGGCGUGGAUUUGGCCUCCGUGAUCCCCAACGAUGACGCGGACGGCAUCAAGGAGUGGAGCGACCUGUCUUCGGCCUGCCCAGAGGCACGCUCUGCUUUGUCGGGCGUCCUUUGCUGCAGUUCUGGGUGGGGUGCCAUUGGCGAGGUGCCGAUCAACAUCUACGGGCCAGGGUCCGACUCCGGGACCUACGACUUCUUCGCAGAGGCCACGCUCUGCGAGGACUGCUUCGCGGGGGAGGACGGCUACGAUCCCGAGGGCUUCCCGUACUGCCCCUCGGACAAGCACAGCGCCCUGGAGCAGCUCAGCACGGAGCCGGACAUCGCCGACUUCAUCCAAAACCAGAGGCCUCAGAACUGCUACAUGCACUCAGAGUCCGACUAUCAGCUCCUGCAAUGGCUUUCCGCCGACAUCGGAGGAAUCGCUUAUUUCGGCUACGCCUACUAUGCCCAGUAUGCCAACCAGCUGACCGUGGCCCGAAUCGCCAGUGACAAAUACAAAGGCGUUAAGGACACAGCCGAUGCGAAGGUCGAACCUUCGACCUACACCAUAACCGACGGCUCGUACAGCAUCUAUAAGCGUCGCCUGUUUAUGAACGUCGACAACGAGGCCUGGGACCGAGUCCACCCUUUCCUGAGCUUCGGCUUCAGUUCUGCGGGUCAGUCCCUGGUGGCCUCGGUGGGCUACGUCGCAGUGAAUGCCGCCUUGCUGGCCAAGAUGAAGAUCAGGAUCGACGAGCGCGGAAACGAAGAGGCGGACUACGUGUCCAUAGCUCCCUCCAGCUGCCCCGUCGGAGCAGAGCUGAGUGCGGUCCCCUACGUCAACCGGUUUGGCAACAACAAGAUCAACUACACGUGCAGCGCCUGCCCCCUUGGCAGAUUCAAGUUCCUCGACACUCCGACAGCCUGCGCGAGCUGCGAGUCGGGCCGCUACACGGACCAGGUGGGCCAAAGCUCCUGCAGCCUCUGCGACCUCGGCUACGAGGCCGUGAACGGAACCUCCUGCCGUGCCUGCAGUCCCGGGUUCUACAAGGGCGAAGCGGCUGCGGCCUUCUGCUCGCCUUGCAUAGCGGGGAAGUUCAACAAUCAGUCUGCGCAGGCCAGCUGCAACUUCUGCAGCCCCGGGUCCUUCGCGCCCGAGGGCUCCACGCAGUGUUUCGAUUGUCCUCUGAACGAGAUCGCUCCAGUUCCCGGGUCCGCAACCUGCAGCUAUUGUGGAGAAGGCUUCACCACGACGCAGAUGGGCUCCACGGCCUGCCGCCGCUGCCGAGCCGGGAGCUAUCGCUCUUCGGAGCAGCAGUGCGUUGAGUGCCCGGACGGGAAGACGACUGCGUUCCAGGGAGCCAUCCUGAUCGGUGACUGCAUCUGCCCUAGUGGGCAAUUUCUGCGAGAUGGGCUGACAGGCGACAGCCUGGAGGCCAUGGCCAGCGGCAGCUGUUCGGACUGUGGGGAGGGGCUGAACUGCGGUCUCGGCAGCGACCUGCGCAUCUACGCAAGUUUCCUGGCCGGGGAGGAGAUGGCCCCGGAGGAGCAACUCUUCCCGCUCCUGGAAGAGGGCUACUUCGCCACGCCGCAGGAGCCCACGCAGGUCUACAAGUGUGGGGCUUCGGCACACUGCCCAGGUGGGCUGCCUGGAACCUGCGCUGAGGGGCGGAUCGAGAUCCCGUGUGGCCGCUGCCAGGUGGGCACGAAGUUCGAGGCUGGCGCUUGCCGGGAAUGUAGCAGCAUGGACAACUUGCUCUUCUUCUCGGGAGCCGUCGCCAUGGGGGUUGCCAUCCCGGUCUUCUACUACUUCAUGAACUCCCCCGUGACCGCGAAGGCUUCCACGAUGUUGAGCACGACGAUGGCUUUCGGCAUGACCCUGACACUGCUGCAGACGAUCGGGCUAGUCGGCUUAGUCUCCCUGAGCUGGCCUUCCUACAUGCAGCCCCUCAUGGACUUCGUUUCGAUCUUCAUGCUGGACCUGGAGUCUCUGAACUUCGACUGCGUCGGCGUGGGCUCGCCCAUGCGCUACGCGGUCAGUGUGCUGUGCUGGCCGGCUGCCCUGGGAUGGUUGGUGAUUUGUGGCCUCCUGUCCAAGCUGGGUCCCCGGAAGCUUCACUUCGCCAGGGCCAAGGCGAUCAGCACCUUGGGCCAGCUCUUCCAGAUCGGCUUCACAAUCAUCGCGAAGACUGCGCUGAUGCCGUUCAUGUGCUACUCUCAUCCCAACGGGAAGUCAAGUGUCCUCCGCUUCAGUGACGUGAUCUGCUGGGAGGAGCAGACGGGACACACGGUCAUGGUCAUCUUCGGUGUCAUUAUGACUGCGACAAUGGUCUUUUACUGGUGCACGUUGCUUUGGGCCACCAUCCAGGCGCCAAAGAGGUCGGCGAGGGCGGACAUGUUCUUCUUGCAGGCGACGCGGUUCCUGUUCUUUCGCUUCAGGACCGACUAUUGGUGGUAUGGAACAUGGUUUAUUCUCCGAGGUCCGCUCUUGUCCUUGCCGGUUGUGAUCUUCACCGACUUGCCCCAGGUGCAGCUGUUCGUCAUGACAGCCGUAGUGGAAACGUACAUGGUACUGCAGCUCAUGACGUGGCCCUGGAAGACGCCUUUGAUCAACCUGGCGGAUGGGGCCAUGAGCAUGAUGAUGAUCCUGUUGCUCUCCAUCGGGGCGGCCUUCCUGGAUGCCUUGGAGGGGCAGGUGAAGGCCACCUACUCCAGCUUGGCCGUGGCCGUUCUUGGCAUUCUCUACACCAUUGCCUUCGUCUUGCUGUCUUUGGUCGUCUUGGCCCUGGUCCACAAGACUGCCAUGGGCUCCCCCAACGAGCUUCCAAUUCUGACGCUGGGGCAUCCUCCGAGCAACGAGACGCUGCGACAGGCUUUGGAUGCGCUGCAUACGACGUACGAGGAGGCCGACGGCCAGACCAUAGAGAAAGCCAUCGAUGAGCUCAACGUCUACGACAGGCGGAUGCUCGCGACGGUCCUAACCACCUUGGGGCCCUACUUCGCGAACGACCACAGAAUGCGACUCAUGAAUCGGCUCAGCGUCAGCACCGUCUCCUUGCCGUCUGUGAAGGCAGAAGUUCUGAGCCCAGAGCAGAUGGAACACGACCUGCAAGACCAGGACCCCAAAAGCUUAGUCACCGGAAGCGAGACGAAGAAGGAGAAGGGGGAGGAGCAGGAGAAGACUGCUGCGGAAGGUGGAGAGACCCAUGUGCAGCUUUCAGAGACGCGCAACAAGCUCCGCUUCGCUGAGGAGCUGCAGUUUGCAGAUGUUUGA